AGUAUCAGCACAUUAUGAUCAGUUCACAACAAUUCACUCAGUAUUUAUGGUAGUGCUCCUGUGAGACUUCUGCUAAAUGUCACUUGUUUUGUGCAGCCAGAAGAGAAAUGGAUCCUGUGAUUACUAUAGUUAUGGUGGUGGCAGCAGCAGCAGCACAAGUUAAUGCCAUGGCCUGUAAUCUCUCUCACAAGAAUGGAACUCAUCAAUGCUAUGGGGCUUUGGGAGAACCUUUGUCCAUACAGCUGGCUGCAGACAGCAGAAAUGAAGAAAUAACAUUUAAAAAAGAUCUUACUCGUAUUCUGAACUUCCAAACUGGAAAAGACUGGAGACCUAAAUUGCAUCAGGAUUAUGUGAAUCGCUCCGAGUUCUUAAAUAACACAACAUUCAGGCUGGACAGAGUUACAGAGGAAGACUCUGGAGAUUACCAAUUGAAUAUAUUUCAUUCAGAGGGAACACAGUUGCGGAGAGUCAACAUGCAACUUGAGAUACAAGCCUCGGUGUCAGAGCCAGUGUUGUCUCACCUCUGUCUGCCUCAUGGAGAAACCGUGGUCAGAUGCUCCUCAGAGGGAGAUGGUCUUCAGUACAGCUGGACCCUGAAUGGCCAGAAUCUGACCAGGAGUGUUGCCUAUGACCACUACCAGAACAGUGUCAUCAUACUGAAGAGUGAUGUGACAGAAACCCUGACCUGUAUGGUUCAGAAUAAAGUUAGCAGCAGCAACUCCACUAUUCAUCUACUGGCCUGUCCAGUUGUCUCUUCCCAGUUUCCUUCAGUAGCUGUGACAGUGUCUGUGGCUCUGACUGUUGGAACUCUCACACUUCUUGCACUGUUUGUUGGUAUUAACCAUCUAUGCAAGAAACAAAGAUCCAGAUUUGAUCAUUCAGAACGCUGUGACGAGGUUGUUGUUUACGCUGACGUGAAAAUAAAUCAAGCAAGGAAACAGAGGCCCCCAGACACAGAGACAGUGGUGUAUGGACAGAUCAAAAUGGCUGUACACCCAGACGUGGCAGGCAGCCCAUAGACUCAAGGGUAGACAUUUUAACCACAUGUAGCUUUGUAAAGCAGACAUAAGACAAGGGAUGAGUGAACAUUAUGUGGAUGCACUGAUUGAGUAGAUGAGACAGACCAUCAAACUUAAAGACUAGUGUCAAAUAAACACAUCAAGAUGACAUCAUGCAUCAUGUAAGGAAUGCUAGGAAGAUGCACUGCAUGUAGUUUAGAGUUUGUUAACAUGAAUUACUGUCUCAUUUUGUAUUGUAUAUUGUACAAUGGUAUAACAAUUUUAAAGUAUUUUGUAACUUUUCUUUAAACCCACAAUAUCAAUGUUUCUCUAUUUCAAUGUUAGUGAACAAGUGAACGAAUGUGAACAUUUCCUGUAAACUGAGCUGCAAUAUCAUACUGUAAAUGUAAUGCUUUCUUUCUUUUUAGGCAUCCAUGUUGUUGUACGAGUGUCUAUUUGAGAUCAAAUACUCAUUUAUAAUGGUUAUAUAAUAUAUUGUUAAUGAGGGGUUUUAAAUUAAUAAAGGCUUUGUACUUCUUUUAC